GUAGCUCUCUCGCUUCGUAGAGCGAUACUUCGUCAUUUUCGCAUCCGUGCGAAAUCCCGAACGAACAAGCGGAGCGAGCCGCGUCGCCAUCUUUAGGAACGGUACCGACUAUCUCCGCUAUCGCCGCCUGCUUCGCUUUAAGAGCUUAAAAUCAGUUCGCGACUAUAGUAAAAGAAUUCGUGUGUUUAGUGCGAUAGCGCGUACUUUGUUUUCUAUCGCGAGAAGAUGCGAUACACGUUUGUUCGCGAUGUUCAUUUAAUACGUCCGAGUCAAAGUUUGUGGUGUGCGUGUCGCGUAAGUUGAGCAGACGACGUUUCGCAAGCGUUCCGAGGGUUGAGAGCGAUCGAAACCGACGUCAUUCUCUAGUUCCGUUCGACCCUUGUUUCAAACUGUCGUUCCUGAGUUGCGAUUUAGCCACUCGGUACUAUUACUGUGAGAACCGACUAGUGUUUAGUGUUUUGAUUUGUCGAACCAGUGGAACGAACACGUCAAAGAAAGUUGCUGCGGUGUACGAGAGUACAGCGACAAGUUAAGGCAGAAAUAAAGAGAGAAGGAUAAGAAAGGAAAGACUGAGACAGCUCUAGUAGACGACGACAACGACGGGCUAGUACAAUUGACAGGAAAGAUGGCGCAAGGUGCGGACGAGGAUUAAUGCUGACCCAUUUUUCCGCGCGAAAUCGCUCGGUCUCACUUUGUCGUACAAUUAAGGGACCACGAAGGUUCGUACCGAGUGCGAGAAGUCGUACGGUUGUUAUUAAGUGAAUCGAAUACUGGCGAAAAAAGGGAAGGAUAGUCCGCCAUCGGUAGGAGUGUAUCCAUCGUGCAGUGCGCGCGUGUGCCCUGUUCUUGCGUAAGUGUGAGUGCUCUCUCGGACGUUUAUAGGUCUUGUAGGGCCAGCAUUGACAAGUAUCGGAUAGAAAUAUUGCGAAUCGUCGGUGACGAUAGGAGAGAGUACGGAUAGUGGAGGAAAGUAGUAGAAGGUAGCAACAAUUUUGAAGAGAGUGGAGAUUGGCAGGGCCGUGGUAGGCUCGACUACGGAAGAGGGCAAACGAAAACGAAAACGAAGACGCGGUCUUCUGGAACUUCUUGAGCUGUGUAGAGCCCUGGCAGGCUCGUGUACGAGCGCGGCUGCUAAGAUGGGCAACAAUGCCGCGACUGCAAACAAAAAGGUUGACGCUGCCGAGAGCGUCAAGGAGUUUCUUGACAAGGCAAAGAAAGAGUUCGAGGACAAAUGGAAAAGAAACCCUACAAAUACUGCUGCCCUUGACGACUUUGAACGAAUCAAGACACUGGGCACCGGCUCGUUCGGCCGUGUCAUGAUAGUGCAACACAAGCCGACCGGAGAGUAUUAUGCCAUGAAAAUACUCGACAAGCAGAAGGUCGUGAAACUUAAGCAAGUUGAACACACGCUUAACGAAAAGAGGAUACUGCAGGCGAUUAGCUUCCCGUUCCUGGUUUCAUUACGGUUUCACUUCAAGGAUAACUCUUAUCUUUACAUGGUCCUCGAAUAUGUCCCAGGAGGGGAGAUGUUUAGCCAUCUACGAAAGGUUGGUCGCUUCUCGGAACCACACUCGCGCUUUUACGCGGCACAAAUCGUAUUAGCGUUCGAGUACCUUCACUACCUCGACUUAAUCUAUAGGGACCUCAAGCCGGAGAAUCUGUUGAUCGAUUCACAGGGCUAUUUGAAAGUCACGGAUUUCGGCUUUGCCAAAAGGGUACAGGGUAGAACAUGGACCUUAUGUGGCACGCCGGAAUAUCUCGCGCCUGAAAUAAUUCUCAGCAAAGGAUACAACAAAGCUGUAGACUGGUGGGCGCUCGGUGUCCUCGUCUACGAGAUGGCUGCCGGUUAUCCACCAUUUUUCGCUGAUCAACCAAUUCAAAUCUACGAGAAAAUCGUGAGCGGAAAGCCACGAUUUCCCUCGCACUUUGGAUCCGAUCUGAAAGACUUACUACGUAAUUUGCUGCAAGUCGAUCUAACCAAGAGGUACGGUAAUCUGAAGGCCGGUGUAAACGAUAUCAAGGGUCACAAGUGGUUCGCCAGUACCGAUUGGAUAGCUGUCUUCCAAAAGAAAAUCGAGGCCCCGUUCAUACCAAAAUGCAAAGGGCCGGGAGACACAAGCAAUUUCGAUGACUACGAGGAGGAGACGCUGAGGAUUUCGUUGACGGAGAAGUGUGCCAAGGAAUUCGCCGAAUUUUGAAUUCCCACAUUGAUUCAAGAUGGUCACACGUAUCGCGUAUACAUUCAUACGCGAUGGUUCGUCGCUCGCUGCUCGCUUUUCUUCGGGCGAGGGAUAUAGAUGAAGUAAGAGAGCGGGAGGAUGGGAGCGAGUAGUGUAAACGAGAGAAUGUAUUACAUGUAUGCAAGAUAGAAAGAAAGCGUAUACAGGUGUGUGCGUGCGCGUGUAUGAUUCUGUGCGUUUGCGGGCACGCUCGAUGCAAUAGUUUUAUAGAGGAAGGAAGGUGGCUUAGAAGAGUCGAGAAAGGGAAAGAAAACAAAGGAAGACGAGCACGUAAGAAGCAGAUGGCAGAUUUUGCGCUUUAUUUUGUGAUUGUGGACUUCUGAGAAGAGCGGAAAUGGAAAGAGUAUACGAAGGAAACACGGUAAUCGGCGUCGUUGAACGUAUUGAGAUUGACAGAAAUAAAAGAGAUAUAAUAUAUUGGAAAAAAUUACGAUAUAUUGCAUACACAGAUAUCAUAUAUAAACACACAUACACAUACGCGUACGCGUGUGCUCACACUCAUAGUCACUGUCACCACUACGACUUUUUACAAGAGAAACAUCUUUUUUUUCAGCCAAGUAACUGACAUUAUUGACGUAUGAGAAUGACGAUAUAUAUAUAUAUAUUUAUUUAUUUAUUAUAUAUAAAUAUAUAUGUAUAUAUUUACACGUAUAUGUGUGUGUUCCCUAAGAUGGCUUUAUUAUCCGGUUUAUUAGAGGCGGCGUGUGUAAAGAUUGCUCUCGAUAAGUACUAUUAAUAUCGGAAAACGUGGUUUUGCCGGAAUUAUUUUGUACAUACAUCUAGUGUCCUUGUAAUCUUUAUGAAUGUUCCCCGACCCCCUUUUACACCACGCCCCUCUACUCCAUCGUCCUGCCUCUUUUAGCACAUACAAAGUUUAUAAAAAAGGGACUUGACGGGAGAAAAUGGAUAUAAAAUACACCAACAAUUAAUUGUCAUGUCGUGCAUUGUUGUCUAUCUGUCUACGAGCAUUUUUCUCUUCAUUCUCGUUGGGAGAAAAGUUUUUGCCACGAUACGAACCGUAUUUAUAAUAGCUAGUCGUCACACGAUUAUUUUGCUGAAGUAAUAUUUAUAUGACUCGUUUUUCAUCGAUCGAGAAGGGCGAGAACGAGAGGGUGGGAGAACAGGGGGGAAAGAGAGAGAGAGAGAGAGAGAAAGGUAGACCUUUAUUAUAGCAUAUUAUGAAUCUUAUUAAAAGAGAAAAAAUGAAAAAAAUACUCGUUAUAUACUGGCUACAGAUGCUCGUUGUUGAAUUAUAUUGUACCUUGCAUAAAUGAUACAGGAAAAAUAGGAACGAAGAGACGAAAGGGAGAGAGAGAGAGAGAGAGAGAAAGAAAGAAAGAAAGAAAGAAAGAGAGAGAGAGAGAGAGAGAGAGAGAGAGAAAGAGCGAGAAAAUGAGAGUAUUUGUGAAAAUGCGAUCGACGGGAGUACGAGCAAAAUAAGGAUUCAUUUUUGGAACGUUUUUAAUAGAGGACCACCGGCGUUCGUACAUAGAUACGUUAUAAGAGUAUUCGUAUAUAAUUAUAUCGCCUUAAGUUGCUGUAUGCAAAAAAAGCAACGUUAUCUUUUAUAUAGAGCUGCACUUUUAGUACGAAAUGUAAACGUAUGGACAAUCCUGUAUUUGUGCAAGAGGAAAGAGAAACGAACGACGCACACGCGCGAAAUGGCCAAAGGAAAUUGCGCGUGUACGUGCACGUGGAGUGAAAAUUUCAUUUAACGGGAUACAGAAGCGUGUUAAAACAUGAUCGCGAGAAGACUGUCCAAAAAAAUAAAACGAAUGACGAAACCAGGGACAAAAACAAACAAAGAAAUGUAAACGAAGGAGAACAAAGGGACACGAUAACGAAACGAAGAACAGCAGCAGUAGCAAUGACAGCGAGAGUGUUAUCGCUGAAAGACGCGUUUGUUAAUUUAUUUUUUGUUCUAAUCCAUUAAAACCACCUCCUUUCGAGAUGGAGCGUAUGGGAUACUUUACGGCAUCGUAUCUCGACGGUAAUGAAAUUCAACGGCCAGUUAACAUAAGGAACGCUAGAAUCAGAGAAUCACCAACACCAACGAACCCUGAGCGUCGACGAUUGGACACGCGUCGAUCGUAUAACGAGAAUCGAUUUUACAAUGAAACACGCACGAGAAGGUCCGCCACACGCGUAGCUUCGUUCCAAGCCACACACACUGUGCGUAUAUACAGAUAUUACGAAAUUUUCUGCGAAUUGUUUCGCCGUGACAUAAGAUUGUCACUUCUGAUCCGAAUUCAAAGGGCUGUUCGAUUAUUACGCGAUAAGAAAAGUUAUAAGGUUGAUCGUAGGCACGAAGUAAUUUAAAUUACGGGGACGUCGUAUCAAUCCGAUUUCGGCGAAUUGGUCAAGGCUUUAGCUAACCAGCUUAGAUAUAUGUAAUAAGAAAAAGAUAGAGAAUGCGAAACAUUCGGAUAAAUCUGUGGCACACGUUGCGGUAACAUCGGGUAUACGAUUACCGCGGUUUCCAGUUUCCUUUAGCUUCGUCCAGUUUCGUUCUCUUUGCAAACGAGACGAAACUUAACGAUCAAAGUUGCAACUGAGCAAAAACAGGUAGAACGGGGUAAGGGAAACGUAACGGGUAACAAGUCAAAUUAUAACGAGGCUUACUUUCCCGCGUGCUUUGAACGUGCUCGUAUCUGGAUAUUCUCGAUAAGAGUUAUAUAUAUACAUGUAUAUAAUAUGUAUGUAUAUAUACAUAUAUGUAUAUAACGUAAAAAAUGCGUGUUUGUUUUUGAAUAGAGUUUCUUUCAACAAGAAUGUAAUUAACGAUCAUACGUAUAGUUUUCCUAAAUCGAACGAGCUGCUUUAUCGAUCAACGUAUAUCCACGAAAAAUUUAUGUUUAAAGAUCGCAGUUUGGAAAACGCGAAAUCUUCUCUCUCUCUAUUGCGGUAAACGAGCGCGUCAUAGCAAUGCGCAAGUACAAAGAACUGGACAGAGAAAAGAAUGUAUGUUCUUUUUUGUCGCGUUGGUGACUUUUAGGAUGUAUAUUCCAUCCCUACCUUGAGUAUACACGUGCACAUUGUUCGCUCGCGCAUGCUGCAGUGUUGAAUAAAUAAAAACAAGAAUAGGCUUGGUUCGAACAAAGUAGCACGGAAGUUGUUGGCAAGGAAUUGCGCGAUCGAGACAGGUUAUGCUUUCAAAUCGUCCAAUUUUGGCUGGUAUUCUAUCCGCAUAUACACACACACACAUACACACACGCAUGUAUACAAUGAAACGUUGCGGCGACACGACUACCAGUAUCGUGAUUAGCUUGUCGUUUAUUCCUGUUCUUCGAUAUUUGUAAUUUGGAGAAUAAUUAGAUCGCUGGUUUCGCUUCUUACGCGUAUAAAAUUCAUCUUUUUUCUACAUUUUACAAAAACCGUUUCUCUCGAUAUGUUCAGAAAGAAAGGUAAACCUAUGACUCGGUAAAAUUGUUUGAAUAGCACAAAUUCAUUUCGCUCGGUAUUCUAAUCUCCAAGUUGGAGCAAAUCGCCAUGAUUCGCGUUGGAACUUUGCUCAUAAAAGUUCCACGUUAUCUCACCUAUGUGCAUAUCGUUAUAGCUGAACGCUGUAAAUUUAGCGCACAUUGAAUUGCUCGAUACACUGCAAAUCAUACAAGCAGGAUCAGAUCUAUCAAUGUUUAGAGCAAUUGGUUUUAUAUUUUAUCGAUCUUAGUUCGAAGAUGUUUCUUUGUAUGUUUUUCUGAUUCGGUAAGGACAGCACGCUAUAAAAGGUCGUUAAUCGAUCGUGGCACCUCUGUAAAUCGGAUAAUCUUACGCGUUUCAUACUACGCUUCUUGUUACCAACCUUUAUCUGAUUGAUUAUUCGUAACUGUCCUAGGACAACUACAAGGCAAUCGUCUAAGCUUUAUCGCUAUAACGUGAGGAUUUGAGGAGAUAAGGCCUCUUUCACCGUCGCGUAUUAUUUUCUUCGUUAUAGCUUCUCUACAAAUGGUUGUAGAUUACGGCAUCUUAAUGUAGCGUUAAUGCAUUCGAACAAUAUUUAUUUUCGACGCAUAAUAACCGUCGAGUCAUAUCUGUGCAAUAAAAGUUACACAGGAUAGUUUCAUUGUAUUUUGAAAAUCUUGAAGAACGUGUACGAUCGUCGAGUGUACAAAGAUUCUUUUGUAAAUAUUAGUUGUAAGCGAUCGUUUAAAGCCACAUUAUACCGCUAUGUUUAUCGUAGUUUUGCUGCGUUAAGCGAUUCUUUCUCAAGAAUUUGCCACGGAACGCAUCGUUAAGUCGAUUCUCAAUUACGUAUCGCACUCCUCAACCUUAUCCAUUUCCACUUUUUCUUCUUCGAUUCGACGUGCAAUACGUGCCGUUAUUGCUCUAUUCGUAAAUAGAUCGUCCCUUGGUUCUCUGAAUGAUCGUUUCGCAAUCGUUGACCCACGUGUGUCGAUAAAAUUUUAAACAAUCACACGUAUAAAUACUUACGUAAUCGUAUCAAAAGUAUCUUCGUUCAAGUUCAUAUCGUAAGUGGUAAAUUGCCUGCGUUACAGACGCAUACAUUCUGGCAAUAACACUUUGUUCCGCUUUGUGUUUAGUACUUCACGUUUGUCUUUUGUCUGCCAUCUCUUUGCACAAUUGUACCCGCCGAUCAAGGGAGGGAUCUAUUUUACGACUCGUUAUUAACCACUAAGCAAUCUUGUUUUCUUUUCUCUUGUAAAACCAGUUAAUCGACCAUAGAGAGGAAAUUUGUCAACGGUCAGAUAAUCUGGCAAAUAAGAGAACGAAUAUAAUUCUAUUUGAUAUUAAAGCCUCGAAUGUACAGAAAUAUUUUAACGUCUGCGAGUUUCAGGCCACUCCGUAGCGAAAAGAAAUUAAAAAAAGAAAAGGAGAUUAAAUUAAGAAAGAAAAAGAAGAGAAGAAACGUAUUAUUUCGUAUCAAUUUUUUAAUUUAUGGUUUUUAUGUUACUUUAUUUCAUAUAAUUUGUUACAUGUUUUUUAUGGAUUCUUAUAUCGAUGGAAAUUUAAUUUGAUUUUUCUGUAACAGGGGGAACGUUUUUUUUUCCACAGUUUCAAGAAUCAUGUAAUCAAAAGAUUGUUUUCUAAUUAUACAUUUUUCAAAAGUUGUUUAUUUCUAUUUCUGUUACGUUGCAUCGUAUUAUUGAUUAAUUUAAGAUCGAAAAUCAAUUAUAUCCGGUGUCAUUUGCUGUUAUUACGCGUAGCUUGUAAUACAGCGACAGAAGCGGUCUUAAACUUCUGACUGAUAGUGCAUGCGUAUCGAUGGUUACUUUCCGUCUGUUACCCGUAUGCUCUCAAAUUGGAAUUAAUUAUUUAUUGAACGUAAAUCAAGUGCAAUUCCGCUCAUGGAAAGCGGUCAAUUGCGUUAUUUUAUUGUUUCAUCCAUUGUCAUGUAACGGUUUGCCUUCGGCGCCCAUUAAAAUAUCGUUGCACAGAACAGAACAGUCGCAACGUUUUUGCUUGCAGCGUAGUGUAUUUUAUUAAGAUUCUACGCAGGAAGUGAAUCGGAUCGAAUAAGACAACUUAUCUAAUCGCUAUUUUAAAUAUCUCCGGUGAAUUAUAAUGAUCGGAAUCAGUGGCAGUUCAUUUUUGAUACGUUUCUGUAUCUAUGAUCAUAGCGUUUUUAGUGGCCUGGCUUGUAACUCAGCAUAAUGUAAUCAGUACGAUUAGCAUUGGAUAAUUUGAUGUCUUAGUCUUCGAUUGGUAUCGUUGGAUUGUAGAUAAUUCACAGUAAGGUAGAUUAAUUUUAGGAUACUUUAUUUUAAUUUGUAUUUUCUAUUUUAUGUGAUAAAGAUAGUCAGCGAUCGAACUAGCAUCGAUCGAUGAUCGAAGUAUGAUACAAAUUAGAACGAAAUAUCCUAAAAUUUUGUAUAAAUGUGACGCUAACGUGGUCGUUUCUCAUGCAAUGGUUCUAGUUGAGGGUUAAAAAACCUACAUCACUCGAAAAAUAACAAACGGAUAUUUCCAAGUAAUUUCAUUUCGUAGCAAAUUAAUUCUGGGAGUAAAUUAUUCUUUGUUAUUUUACGAAUGUUCAUUUUCUGAUAUAAUAUUAUUUUCUUGUUAUUUCUUUGGAAAGGUAAUAUAUCCGAAUCACCGUGGUGAACGGAUUUCGGAUAUUCACGGUGACUUUGCAUCUCAAAAAUAGCUACCCAACGUCUUUAUAGCCAGUAGCGCAGUGUCCUAUGGGUAUCCAAAAUUAAAACAAGGUUUGACCUGUUUCAUCGAUCUGUUUUUAUAGUAGGAUAUUCAAGCGCCAUAGCAAUUAUUAUUUUCUCGAAAUCCUAUCUCAUAUUCGACUUCGUCCAGUCGAUUAACGAUGUAUCGACUUUUAUCAAUUUUUCUCAAUACGAUUUAUACACGAUGUUAAUGAGUAAAAGAAUCAGCUUAUCCGUCAGUUAGUAUCUUCGAAGCUAUUUGUUUUUACAUAAAAUAGCGAACGAUUUCAAAGUUUAGUAUGAAAUAACGUUGGAAUCGAAGCAUAAGAAAAAUUUGACAGAACACGUGUCAGUGAAAUAUUUAUAAAUGUAAAAAUACCUACCAAUGAACUGUUCACCGAUACUUUUGUAUUUUUAUAUUUCACCAUAACAUGGUAGUAUUGGUAAAAGCAAAUCUCUUUGAAGAGCUUGGGGGAAUAUUGGCAUGAAAUAUCAGGUUCGGUCGAGACGGUGCAGUUUCGAAUUAAUAAAUUCAAUAUUCAUGAAACGGACACACACACAUACACACACAUGCACACACUCUCUCUCUCUUAGCCGACACAUUGGUUCUUCCCUCUUCGCGUAACAGACAAACUGUUGCGACGUUUUAAUAAGAGAAUCAACGAAGAAGGAAGGGGGAUAGAGGUUAAGAGAGUACUCGAUAAUAUUGAACUGCUACGAUAGAACGUCGGCGAAUAUAUGGACUUGGAAAUUUUCCCAUCAUCGUAGUUUUAUCAACUAGCCAACUCAACGGUAAUUGAUAUUACCUUUGUCCUUUCUUCGAAAAUCGAUGUGUUUGUCUUGCGCUCUAUAGGUUGUUAAAUCUACCGAAUAAUAACUGGUGCAAUAGUAAUUUAUAUAUACGAGAUAUUAGGACGCGUCUAUCUCUGCGUAUCUUUUGCCAGGCUAUUCGUAUUUAAAAUUCCAACUUUCUUACGGUUUAUCAUGUUCUCGUGAAUUUCCAGGCGUACUUUCCUUACGUAAUACAAUAGGAUAUCUUCCUUUGCAUCGUUACGCGUUUUAUCGUUUUGUAUUUUGUAUCGACGUACCGUCGAUAAUUAUAUCAAAAUAUUUCUACGAUCAAAGAUACGAAGAUGAUCCUCGAAGGUUACUUUCUGCUCGUAAGAGUCGUUAUCAGGAACAUUCACGUUCAUAUUUUUAUAUGAAACAUCGACGCUGCGAGAUUGUUGUGCGCACAAGUGAAGUUCGAUAAAGUAGUUGAGUAAAUUCCGUUAUAAUAUGCAAACUAAUUCUACGUAGAACGACGAAGGAUCGCUAUUUGGAAAAUAAAAGGGAGAAGCGCAGAGGGGAAAGAGAACGAAAGAGAACGAUGAUCUUAAAGAGCGAAGCAUGUACCAUGCUGGAACGUCUAUGACAAGCACGCUCGUAAAAUUUACGAUUGGGCUAUUAACGAUCAAUUUAGUUUGAGACAAGGCGAGCGUGGUAGUAGUUACGCGGUGUGCCAUUCUUCGGAAAUAACUUGCAGUGUAUAAAGAUUUCUUUAAAAUCUACGUGCUCGCAGAUUAUUUUCAUAUCGAGCUUUGUAAACCGUGCGCGGUAUUGAUUUAUCGAUCAAAAUUCCGUUUCGUAUUUAUUGCUGUAAUAUCCGUUUUACAUUAACGGCGAUGUCUGGUCGAUUCUUUGUUUGCAUAUUGUAAUUUUAGAUAGGGAACACGUAAUAACGUUUUUUGUUAAUCAGCGUUGGGAAAAUUUUUACGAAUUCUGCACAGUUCUCGAUAGAUAAUUGAAAAUCGUUGUUGUUCGUGCAGUGGAACAGUCGGACAGAAUACGUAAAACUGCGCGGUAAUCGAUUUUUUGAGAUCGCAGAAUGACGUUCGAGUUGUUCGAUCGGCAUUGAAAAUUCCGUUCGGCUCUUCGAUCUGCUUAAAUUUAUGAAAUUCAACAAGUCGUUUAAAAAAAGUUGUCCGAUGUUACGCCAAGUUUUAUUAGCGAUCAACGUCGAGUAUUUUAUAAUUCCUCGAAGUAAAACGUUCGAUUAUUCGUAGCAUAGAAAUUCUGAUCGGAGGACGAAGAGCGAAGUUGUGGAAUGGAACACUUUGAAAGAAGCCAGCUUUAAUGAAAUGCAUUCUUUUUUUUUCCUUUCUUUUUCUCUUCUUUUCAGAUCUUCGAUUUUCCUCUCCGCGUUUCCAACGAUUUACGCGUCUCUUUGUCGCUUAGUAUCGAAAGUUGUUCAUCGUUCGUUAUCGUUGGUAUUCUGUUAUUUUAUUUUAUCUUUGGCGGUCGAUUGCCGCAGUAUUGCGUCACAGAGAAUCGUAAUGUAAUACAAAGAAUCGCAGAAAUACGCUUGUACCAUUUAUACUUCUCACGUAUAAUUCCAGGCUGCUUUCUUUUAAAGCGAACGCGUCGUUUUGCCUCUUUCGUUUCUCGGUACUUAUCGUCGGAUAAUAGAUUGAAAUUAAGGAAUUCGAAGGCAAUGGAAGUGUCUAGCGUGGUAAUUACGAUCGAUGAAAUGAAAAUUCACAGGCCUAAGUUGCUCUCGUGCAGUGCGCUUCUAUUUGAUUUGAAUCUGAUAAAAAGGUUUCGUCGUUUCGUCUCUUUUCGGUUGUUUCGCCUACAACGCGAAACUCAUUCUGCAUUGUAACAGAUAGCGAUUGCGAUAUCACGGUUAUGCUUCGUUCGUUGGAAUAUUCACAGUGCACGUCGUAAUGCACAGAACGUCUCGAUAGGUCUAUAAUUGCGGGAUCAAAGGAAAUUAAAAUUACGUCGGAUCUUGAAUUUACUUUGCUAUUUAACGAUAUUUAAUCGAACCCUCUUCUCUAUUAAAAUCUUUAUUCGAGAAUUUCUCUUAUACGUUCGUUUGCUUUACCGGAUUAGACCGGAAGUUCUGCCGAUGUAAUUCCGUUUUAAUGGAAAUAGAUUUGUAAAUAAAAGUCUAUCGACGUUCUUCUAUCAUUGAAAAUCUAUUGAAGUUGCUCGAUUCGUAGAAAUCUAUAGCGCGUUCAAGCGUUCUAGAGAGAUAGUUAUAGGAAAAAGCGGCGAAACUUUCGCAUCGAUACGAUCCGCCGCUCAUCUUCGAUCUCUUGAAAUUGAAAUUCGUAAGAGUUUCCGAGCUCCAACUAAUUUUACCGUAUGCAAUUCGAAACUACGUUAUUUCCUUUUAUCCCGGGAAUUACGCGAUUAAAUCCACUUUCCACCGACUCAGGCAAUGCCAUUGCGAGUGUAGGGUCGUGUCUUUUUUAUAUCAGGUACAAGAUUAUUCGAUCCGGCUUGAGAAGUAAUUCCGACUUAUUCGAUCAGCAAGGUUAUCAAGCGCGCAAAGAAGGACUAUCCGUAGUAAAUUAAUCGUCGGUCCUCUCAGCCGACGUUCCUCAUCUGUGGCUGUGCUCACGAUAGUGUUUCUGCUUCUCGGAUGUUAUCGUCGCUCGUCUUGAUAUGUAGAUAGUCGCUAUCGAUGCUUUCGACGCGAAUAAACCGCGUUAUCUCAUGCUGAUACCAGUGAUGCUAGUUAGCGAGCGAGGCUUCGAUCCGCUUCCUAGUUGCACAAGGGUUACGCGUACCAGGUUAUUUACAUUGCGCGUCUCCCGAUUUAUGGGACCAAACGUCCCCGUGACAUCCUCGCCGACAUCUCGAGGAACCGCAAUUUUCCACACACUCGGCCAAACUUCGUCUCCUUCCUGGCUCGUAGUUUCGUUCGUCAAACUGAAAUUCGUCAAACUGAAAAUCCGUUAACCGGCGUCGGAAGUAUCGCUUCGUCGAGCUGGCAGUUUCCACUCUUGGCCAGGUUCAUUCUCCUUCUUGACAUUUUGUCUAUCGAACGGACAAGCGUCGAAGCUGACUACGCGACGAUGCAACCAGUCCGAAAGAAGAUAUCGUUCUCGAGAUCGCAUCGUAAGUUCCGAUCGAAUCGGAUUCCAGUUAUCGUCGAUCGAACGCGAUCGGCAUCGACAGAACGUCGAGAAGAUUUCAGAAGUUGUGAAAAAGUUCAAAUUCCAAGAGUUUCGCGGAAACUUGGGGGCUGCGUGUGAUCAGCGAGUGAUGUCCGACUCUUGUGAAUCUUAGGAGGAUAUCGGCCAGGUGUCUCUUAGAACGGAAACUCUUCUUUCGGUAAGCUUUGUGUUAAUUGGUAGCGCGUUCGAAGAACGAAGCUGAGAAAUCGCUUCUUCGUAUCGCGUAUCCUCAUCCGUUUCAUCGACAUUCCAUUUCUCAUUGACCGUGAAACACGGAGACGACAGUUGAAACACCGACAGUUCGUUCCAUUCGCGCGCGUCAGGCGUUUCGUUAAUCGACGAAUCACGCGACUUAUAGUUUUGGAAACACGUACACCAUCGCGUGUGAUAACGCGCUAAAUCGCCAUUCGAUCGAUACAGAGAGAACGACGUUUUCUCCACGACCAUUAUAAACAUAGGGAACUAACGACCAAAACGAACGUCAGAUACAAGUUGAUAAAGUGGUGGGAUACGACGGUGAAACAUCGCCGUUCUAAAUGAGAUGACACGGUUACCGUUGAUUCUGAACACAGCUUUAGAAAUAUUCCUCUGUCUGAUGUGUGACGUAGAAAACUAGAAUCCAAGUACGUAAGAUUUUCACCGGAUUUUCACGCGUUUGUUCGUCGUAGCAAUAUGGACUUUUUUUCGUCCACAGGAACUUUCUUGGGGAAUAGUUUUUUUUUUUUUUAAUUUAAUAUUUCAUAUUCACAAUUUGUCCAAUUUGGACAUUUGGUAGAAUUUUUUAGCUGCGAAUUUUUUAGCUGCGAAUUUUUUAGCUGCGAAUUUUUUAGCCGAGGAAUAGUUUGAUCUGCUUCCUUAGUUCUUAUCGCGAUUGGGAUUUUCGAAGGACUUAUAUUCGUGAAUUAGAAGUAGUCACAUGUUUAUUUUUUUUUUUUUUUUUUUUGCUUUACGAAAGCAUCUACUUCGGAGAAUUUAUCAUCGAGUUUCGCUCGUUUUCGAGUUAUUGCAUCGUUAAAAUUCCACUUUGCACGCGUUUCAUCCUCGUAAUAAUCAAUAGAAUACAACGUAGCAAGUACAAUAUCAAACUUUUGAUUCUUAAAUGUACAAAUGUAUUCUGAUUUCAUCAGAUACGUAUUAGUUGUACGGAUAUUCGUAAAUACGACUUUAAACGACGACGUCUAUGUUUCGAUUCGCGAGUUUCUUCGAUUCCAUUCUAUUCCUAUCGCCGCUUAUCUCGCGUUUAUUUAGCUCGUCGUUGUCUGAUUGCGUAAUAGAUAAGCGUACGUCGUGUUGGGUAUCGUAGAGCAUUUACGGGCGAACUUGCAAACACGAGGAAAUCCUAUCGUUUUUCUUGGAAAUAAUAUUUAGUUGGUCGAUUAGUGAUUAUCGCACGAUAUAAUACACGUGUAAUUAUCGGGAAAUAUUCAGUCGCAUUUCCUUCUCGCCAAGUCGUAAACUCGCGCAAACGGGAUAAAACCGAUUAGUUUUCAGGAUUAAUCGAAUUGCUUGAUAAUUUUUGCCAAACUAAGAUCUAAGACAGAUAUUUGCUUUCGUUUCUCCUUCUAGAUACAUGUAAAUAUUUUUCUACCUGCAUCGAUUAAACGUAACACGAUCUUCGAAUCUUCUGGUUUUUAUCGACGCACGUGUGUUGCCGUCGCAGAUAUCACGGGAACGCGUUACCGAUAACGACCUCGUAAGGUGUAACGAUUUUCGAUCGCGCGACCAGAUAAGAUUGCGUUCGAGCAAGAAGCGUGCGAGGAACUGUUUUGAUUGCGAAUAUUCGACGCAAUUGUAACGGCGUUCUCCAUCUGUCGAACACUUCAUUGACGUAUCGCGUGAUUUUAGUAUGGCGAUGUAAGUGGAACAGCGAGGACGGUCUUCUAUCGGAAGGAAGGCGACUUCGAUUCAAAGCCAAGUACAUAGUUUUGUUGGAACGUAGUUCUCGACGUGUUCGAUCGGCGACAGAAGAACGAUAUCGCGAGUAUGGUCCCCUUCUCUUUCUCUCGUCUCCAUCCUCUAUGAUCAGUCCCGAUAUUCCUAACGAUCGAGAAAUCGAGUCUCGCACUUUUCCCGUCGAAUUAUUUCGCGCUGUUCGCCGUUCGUCCAACAUUUGAAUUUGCUGUCUGUGGCAAAAAACGUAUCGCGUUUAGGCGUCUCGUUAAAUUAGGCGAAGGAACCGCCGAAACGAAUGCAUGACAUUUUGUAUUUUAUAUAUAGCAUUCUUGUUACGGAAAUAAUGAUGGACACUAAAUAAAGUAAAAGCGACAAACGCCAGUUCGAUGUUGGUCAACGAAAUGACGCGUCGUCGUGUUCAGGAAACUUUUUUCUAUUUUCUGAGAAACAGACAUAUCCGAUUUCUGUUGUUUUCGGCCGUCACGGCUAGGUUUUCGAAAAGUAUCAUCAGAUAACGUUUACGAUGGCGAAUUAACGAAACUUUGGAGACGUCAGUUCGCCAAUUUUUUUUUUUUUUUUGUAUAAUUUAUGCGUUUUUUCGGAGUACGCUUAUGUCCGCGAGUACGUGUUUUCGUGUGUCGCGUUUGCUGUGUAUAAGACAAAGUAAGCGUUUUUGUCUGCGAAAUAAAAGUAGGUGGGAGCCUUUUAUGCUUGUACAUAGGCAAAGUAGUCAGCCUUGGUGAAGUUCGUUGCUUUUCCGUACGCAAUGUCUCGACCUCUGAAGGCUACCUGCAUUCGUUAGGCGUUCAGCCGCCCGCAGAAUUUUUUUGUCGUCGCCAACGAACGAAGCCGUUUCGUUGGCCUCGUUAAUCUUCCCUUCCAAAUGUGGAGACGAGGAAGGGCAGCCCGUUCGACAGUUGAUAUUUCUCGUCGACGUCUUUGUUCUCCUGCAUUGAAUAUGAAAGCGAAAGCGAUUGGAAUUUUACCGUUACGGAUAUCGUGCGCAAUCGUCGUUGCAAUAUUCACGUUUACCUCCAUAAUUAGUCGUUGUUAAGUUUGAGUUUUCUAUGACUUGAUCUUCUUUUUACUUACUACGAAACAUUCGCGCUGUUUCCUUAAAUACGAUCUUUCGUACGUAUUUUAAGAAGAGAUACGAAUAUGUUGUGGAAAAUACAUUUUUCAAUUUAUCUUCGACAUUUUACUCGUAGUAUCAUUUACACUCUCGUUACUUAUACUAACUUACCUAUAUUAGCUUCAAUUACUUGUUCGUCUGCAGUCAAAUCUAAUUCAACCGAUACCUAAUUCCCAUUUUAAAUUAGAACGAUCAAAGCGUUGCUCAGUAUUAUGUUUCCUUUUGAUAUACGGUGGCUAGGAAAAGUAUUUGCGCAUCCGAACGAGGCAUCUUUUAAUUACGCUUUGCCUUUUAUUUAUUUGCAUAAUAUGACAUUUUCUUGAUUGUAUCAACGUACUACUAAAUUCUAGUAAAUUUAAUAAACAUGAAAUAUCGAUAAAAUCGAUAUAAAUAUCACGAUAGAUUCAACGAUACGUGCAAAUAUCUUUUCGCAGUCGCUGCAUAUUUGAAACUUUUUCUAGUAAUAUUCAUGGCGAAUGGUUUUGUAUGAAACUAGAAGUAACAUAAGCGUUUAAGAUACGACAUUUAUAGUACCAUGUAUACUUAACAAGUUGGCCGAGUCUCUUUCAGACGACACUGUUAAAUGGAUUAAUACGUGGAAUAUCCUGAAAACGCAUUAGAACGGGAAAUUGUUAUUGAAGUUGCGACUAGAAUUAAAAUUAUCCUUCGUCCCAGAGCACAAUUAUCCAGCUAUACUUCGGUCGGUAGAAAUAGAUUUGCCGAUCUAACGUCUCGAUCCGAAGUCGGAGCGUUAACUGUGUGCUUUAACUCGAGCAAUAGCUACGAUGCGCCGUCGUUAGUCACUAUAAUUUUAUGCAUCGACCUCGUGUCUGGCCUCCAGAUGUGACACUCGGUAGCGAACGACCAUUGUAAUUAUUCGAUAUUAGCCCUGCUGCGUUUUAGUAUCGACACUUUGCAGUUUCUCGAGUCGUUUAACGAUAAAUCAAUUACCAAACGUUAGAACAUGUAACGCCUCUUCGAAACCUUGACACGGUUCGUUUCUUACGUUUCGCUUUGUUAAUUAACGUUCUUUACAUACAAAUAAUCUUUUUACGCGAAAUCUUUGCGAAAUAAUUUCGAAAAAUCGAGGAUCGGCCGAUUGGAAGCUGUGUGAUAAUCGCGUUCGUAUAGUUCGCUGGCUAUUAGUUCGAUGAACGUACAUGUACUUAAAUGCUUCGACUUUGCGAGGGUGUGUGCUCAACGCGAACCGAAAUAAUUCAUCGAGGCCCGCCUCCAAGUUGUACUUCACCAUGGCGCAUGUAUUUAGAAUUCGUACUGAAAUAUGUACAUACCACGACGCGUUCGUACGAUUUUGUUCCGAGAGAAUAUAACGUUUCGUUGCUUCGUAUUUAUUACUCGCGAUCAGAUCGCAUGAAGUAAAAAUAAUCGGGGAAGAUUCCAAUGAGAAAAAGUUAGAGGAAAGGACGGAUAAUACAAAUUUCUGCCAAAUUCCUCUUGGUCUCGGAGACAAGGAUAGAUUGGUUCUCUUAGUCUGAAUAUUUCUUAAAUGGCGAUAUUUCUCGUUAGACCGAUGAUCGAAGGUUCCAACGAAUCCACGUACGAUACAAAAUUUGGGCUUAAUUUUACGGACUACGGUGUAUGCAUGGAUCGUCGAUUUAUUAAGAUUUCUUUCCAAAGACUCGUAUUCUUUUAUAGGUCUACGCCGUUUGAACGACGAUAUCGAGAUUUCUCUAGCGAUCGGAGAUAGAUCGUAUCUGGACAGUCUGGACAUAGUUGUUUGGGUGGGUAUUCGAUUAAACUCGCUGGUUAAUUUCUAUUUUAUUCGAGUGGAAUUGGUAAAGACAGGAAAAUCGAUCGAUAGCUUCUUGUCUGUCCGAUAUAAAACCGGAGAUUUGAUAAAUUCGUUGCGAACGUUUAGGUUUUGUUCGAACUUUGUCAAGUUCCUUCCAAGUUCUAGAUCUGCUAGCCAAAUAUAAGACGAGCUAAGAAAUUUCCAAGUUUUUUGUUGCAUCGCAGUGGCAUUAAAAACUCGUCCUUUUAUUUAUGUUUCCCGUCGUUGUCCUUUAGAGUGACUCGUCUCUUUCCUGCAAAUGACACGUAACUGGAAACGUCGCGUACAAAGACAAUCGAGACUCUCGGGGAAACCUGAUGGAACCUCGUUCUCGACGAGAAUCCUAAUAUAUAUCAUAUAUAUAUAUAUAUAUAUAUAUAAAACGUAGAUUUAAUUCAGUUCGUCGAAGCGGAGAAGUAAUCGUCGUCGAUUUUUCAUCUGAAUUUUCUCCGGAUCUUCUUUAUUUGGAAAGGAAAGAACGAUCUGGUUGUUCUCGAUAGACGGUUUCGGUUUAACGCGUACAAUAUUUUUAGCUAUUUGUUCGACGAGUCCUUACGUUCAUUCUUCCUCAUCGACGUUUCAACUCUUAAUUAGCGUUAGAUAACUACGUUUUCGCUAGGUAAUACGUGGAAUACUUGUAACGUAAACUUAUCGAAUCUCGUAUCGAGUUACGUACGUAAUUACGAUUUGAAAAAUACGUAAAUAGAUAGAAGAAGUCGUUCGUAAGAUCGAUUUAGACCAAACAUAACGUUUAUCGGUACUCCACGUGAGCACACGAGCUGUUGCUUGUAACAAAAAUCUCGUUAUCAUCGAGUGGAGAAUCUCAGGUGUCAGGGCAGGGACAGGACGGUCCUUCCACCGCAUUCAUCCAAUUUACUUUUCUAUGCUCUUGUACAUGUAAUACACGCAUACAUACGUAUACUUAUAUAAAUAUAAUACAUUAAAUAAGCGUACGUAACACUAAAACGAGAAGAAAAUUCUAUUAUAUCGCCCCUAUUUCUAGUCGUGACGGGAUAUUAAGGAUCGAAGCGAACAUUGUGAACCUCGAAUAGAUGUAACGCGUAUCUAAUAGGAAAUUACGUACCUCGGAGAGAAUUACACACCGUCCAACACCUUCCGAGUCGUACAAAAUGAAUUAAUGAAUUAAUACGAUGGAUUAAGACAGGAAAGAAAAGAAAUUACGGAAUACCGAGCGGCUGAGAAACGAUAGUUUUCCGCGUUACGAUUCUUACCGCGUAACCGAACAAGCCGCGCUUUUCUUUGAACAACGGCGACUUAUUAAUUCAAUUUACCAAUGACGUUCGUUUUGCGAAUUAAAGUUACUUAAAAAAUUUACCAGAAUCUCAAAGGCAACAGCGUUGGUUCGUCCUUACGUUGCUCGAUAACGGGUAACAGAUAUUAUUUAUUCUACGGCAAUUUCAUUACGUACCAAUUUAUGUCUCUUCGAGGUAUUUACUCGCGAUAACGAGAUAGAUAGGUACGAACGAGAGGGUAUACUUUUGUCGUGCGUCGUUGGCAAUCGAAUUUCGAAGAUGGAUGCGAACGACGAUAAUUGGCGUUGUGCGUGUUUUCUUGGUAAAAGUAAACGAGUGUUCACGGUCGUGUAAAUAAUUCAAACGACCGUCCGAAAUAUCUACGUCUGUGUAAAAAUCGAAUACGCGUGUACAAAGUGGAAGAUGCUUUUACCUACGAACAGCUUCUCUUAUCGUUCGAUCGCAGUUAUUCGUCGUUGCAGAUUUUUCCUCUUCGUCGAUAACGUGCACCGAAUAUGCGACUCGAUCGUUAACUGGCACGAUGACGUAACCAGAAGAUCAGAUUUCUUCGAUAAUUUUUGCGUUAUCCAACGACGUAGUUUUAUAAAGCGGCUACCGUCACACGCCGUUGAAAACAUAUUUCAAGAAGUCGGUCGUUCGAUUAAUCCUCGUCCGUCCGCUCGUUUUCUCCGCUUAAUGUUCGUACUUUGGUGUUAAGUCAGAGCAGACAAUGAUAAAACAUCGAUCUAACGAAAAUCAAUGUAACGACCGGUCUAGUUUGCAAAUUCUCUUACCGAAGAUGAGAGGUAUGUACGAGGAUUAACGAUCAACGAUAUUUCUGCGAAAGAGUAUCUCUUAACGACGUUCGAAGAAACAAGGUUAUUCCAACAGUUGCUAAGAUGUAAUAUCGAAGAGAUGGUUGUUUGAGAAUUGCAGCAUCGUAUUUUCGAACGGACCGAGCCUCGUUCGAUCGUGUAGCUCGCGUUAAUUAACUGUUUCGCCGAAAAUUAAUUGGCAACGUUCGACGAAAAUUAAUUAACUCGUAUCUGCGAUAUCAUCUGGUUGUGUCGUUGCACGCAUAUCGAACGCUUACUCGCUCGCACGCGUCCAAUUUCUCCUUUCUAGCUUCCUACGUAUGUUGUCUCGCAGAUGAGAUAUACGUAUGCAGUUGGAAAGAAUAAUGCAGAGGCUGGACGAGUUUCGACUUGUCCGGAGCAUUCGACAGGGAGAGAGCUAUACAAGCAGGCGAUACGAUGAACACGAGUCGUGGCUCGUGACGCGUCAAGGCUGAGUCGCAUGAUUUUUUCCCUCUUACGGCAUUUCUCUGUUAAACGUGCAAUUUGUCUACUCGUCGUAAAUGAAAACCGAUUCUCUCCGUGAUUCGACCAUUCUUUUCCAUAGUCUGCCUCUGUCGUCGUCCGUGUAGUCGACACGUGUCUAAAACUAAUUGCGAAGUAAGCGAAUAUUUCGAAGAAAACGGUGAGCGAGGGGGAGGGGAGAAUAAGUAAAAAAAAAAAAAAAAAGAAAAACUCGGAGACGAAGAAAAGAGGAGGAAAAUCGGACCGUUCAGCCUUAGGUCGAAAAUAGAUGCAACGUACAGCGAUAGCGAAAUCUAGUAAAACGUGGCAGUAGAUAGCCGCGCUUGUAUUGAUUUUCCGCAGUCACGAGUAAAGUACACACACGUACGAAAGAGUGUCGUUCGCCCGCUUCGCCGGGAAAUUCGCAGACCGAUGAUACGUUAUCGAUAAUUUGGAAAUUUGUACCGGCGAAUCUAGACGCGGCUCGUUCGCCAUAAUUUCGGAGAUUCCGCGUACGCUGCCGGCCCGUUUCCGGUACGCCGAUUUUCCGAGAUCCGGGCGCGUGGCGACCGGUAAAUUCAGGAAAUCAUGCUGCAUCGAUUGUCGACGACGACGACAACGACAACGAUAACGGCAACGGCGCAACGUCGAACGGGAGCGUGUCGCGUGUUUCCGAUCGAUCGACGAUUUCACGAGUCGUUGCCGGAAGUUCGACGUGGCAAUCUCGACGCUGUCGUGUGUGGCGAAAGAGCGGAGCCCGUGAAUUCUCCGGGUACUUUUGUCGUCGGUAACCUCGAAACGUUGGCCAGAUUAAACACGACAGUUUCGAGAUUCGCCCGGUUGGCCCGUGCAAUUAGGGCUAUUAUUAGGGUAUUUCGUAGGAUUAGCCAGUGACGUUCGAAUUGCUGUCGAUGGUUGACCAGUGGAAAUUCGGUUCGAUAAUCCCCUUGUAAUAUCGAUGGCGAAUUUCGAGGCGAAAUCGGAAUACGAAAGCGUUGUCAGGCACGCGAGCGUCGUUGUCGAUCUUUGCCGCGAAAGCUUGACGCCGUGUGCUACACGUUUCCGGUUCGUGUAGAUAUCGAGAAAACGCUUUACGCUGAAAAAAACGUUAUUUUCACGGGUCGGCUUUCAACCGACCCUGCUGCCGCGUUUACCACGGGCGCACCAAUCAAAUCUCCACGUACCUUUUUCUUAUAAUAAGUAGGCUCAAAAUGAUUUCGCGUAGCGAUAGCAACGCGAGUCUCUCCUUCUUACGUAUCGAUGGCCGUGCAGAGAUUUUAUCCGUGCAUGGAACGGAACGUAAGCACCAUGAUCGUUAUAUAUACGUAGGUAUACUGCGUCGAAAACAAAACCACGAUUGCUAAAGAUAAAAAAAAAAAAAGAAAAAAAAAAAGAACAAUGGAAAUAUUAGCUUGUUCGUUGAUAUAUUGUUGCGUCAAAAAGUACGUACUUGUGAAGUAAUUUAUGUGUACCGCGAUAAUGGGUGACGCGAUAAAAAUUUUUGCGAGUAUGGAAAAUUCGAAUGAAAAAGAGGAACGAAAUUUAAGGGCGGGAGGGACAGAAGGGAGGGGAAGAAAUCAAUAUCAUCGCUAUUUUGCAUCAGAAGUAUUGUAAAACGGGGAAUUUUCCUCGCCUUGUGAUCAUUUAUGUUUGUAAAUUGUAGCCGAUUUACGAUUCCUAUAAUACGAUGUAUAUGUACUCUAGACACUUCGAGAAACGGACUUGUAUUAUUUUAUUCUUAGCACUCGAUGAUGAGUUACGAAGUUUCGUUGAUGAAUAUACUAAUCUCAUUUUUGUAAAUAUUAAUUUAAAAAGAAAUAAAUCUUAUUGUAAAGAUUGUAUAAUUUAAACCAUCGUUACGUUUUUACCGAUUUCUCUCAGUCAAUCGUUACUGCACGUAUUCCUUCGAUCCUUCCUCUCCGUUGCGCUUUUCAUUUUCUUUUCUUUCCUUUUCUUUUCUUUUCUUUUCUUUUCUAUUCUGUUCCCCUUCGUUCGUCCAUGCUGCAUGAAAUAUCUUUCCUGCCUCGUUUCACAUAAAAAAAGCACAUAAAAAAUUUGGCAAUUGGUAUUGGCAAUGGCGCGUCUUUACCGUACACUGUUAGUACGCUUUUCAUUUUGCAAAUAGCGGCGGAACUUUCACGGUAUCGUAUUAUUUCGAUCAAUACGUAACGGAACGUCUCUCUUUCUCUUUUUAGUUUAAGCACUUUUUAUCUGCAGGGAAGAAAAAAGUGAAAAAUGCGUGCAGCGUUUAGAAUUUAUUUGUGCGAUUACGUUUCAUCGUGCGACAACGUUUUCGAUUCUGUAAUCGACGAACGAAUUCUAACGAAACAUUGUUACUGUUGCUUCGACAACGAUAAUAGGUGUUACGCAUCUUAAAAUCGCGUAAUCGAAGAAGUUAUUGUUGAACGCUUCUUUCGACAAAUAUAAAGGAAGCGCAUACGUUGAAACGUUUGUCCGUUUAAAGAUAAAAUAAUUUUUAUCCGACACGAAUGACUUAUGUGAUUACAUUAGUGUCUUAUAAAUGUGAUACUUGACGAUUAAAGAAAAAUAUUUACGGCAAGAAUGUAUUAUAUUCAAGAGUAUUAACUAUAGUAUUCUUUUUGUUAAUAGUUUACAAGUUUCCUGUAUUAAAAUUAGUCCAAUAGAAUUGGCCUUUUCUUUUUCUUUUUUUCUUUUUUUUAUUAAAUGAUAUUUCUACGUUGUACUAUGCGAAUAAAAUGUGACAUAUUUAUUAAAAGGAAUAAAAAGUUUCGAAGCAUAAAUCGAGUCGUAAGAAACGUAAUUUGCGCGAUAUAUUAAUCUCUGACUUUUUUUCCAAUAUAUUACCUUUUUUCGCCAUUUAGAAGUGAUAAUAUUUCCUUACCAACUUUAGAAGUCGUUUUAACAGAACUUUGCUAUGAUAUUUCAAAUAAUUUCUUUUUUAUCAUUUUCUUUCGUUCAUAUACGUCUAACGCGUUUAUUACGUAUUAAUAAAUUUAAUCAUUAUGAAAUUCGAAUAAUAACAUGGACAAAGAAAUUGCGAAACAACGGUAUUAUCGAAUUAAACAGAAUUCGUACAUCUAUCAAGGUUCGUAAGUGUUUUAAAUCAUUAUAUUCCAUCGCGUGUUUCCUUCAGCUCAAUGCUACGAGUUACAUGUGCACUCAUAAAAUAGGAACAAAUGCAUCGUCUUAUAUAAUACUCGUAACACCGUUAUUUUCAGUAACUGCAGAUACCAAGCCAUCGUUAACUCUCAAUAACCGUGUACGGUUCUUCCCUUUUACAUUUCCAAAGACUCGAUCCUCCACGGUUUAUAUACAUCUUCUCCCCUGACCUUUAAGGCCGAAGACUUUUAUUAUAAGUGAAAAUUCAUCGCAGCACGUCCUUUUCAAUUUCAAAGGAAAUGGGAUUAAACGUUCUAUCGUUACUCGAUACUACACGACGAUAACGUUAAAAUAAAAAUCGCGUGGCGUGAAAUUUCGUGAUAGCCUUUAGGUGCUAGAUUUCUCUGAAAGAUAUUCUAGAAAUGUUCCAAAAUCGUUUAUUUACGAAUAUAUUCGUUCGUGCGAUUUACGAAUGAUCGACAACGAUCAUCGUACUCGCGCUAACAUCGGUAGAUUGCGGUCGUGCGGUUACGUUAUCGAUAUCGGAUGCUCAGUCUUGGCUUUCCGUCAUCUGUAUCGGUAUCGAGAUUGAACAGGAUACGCGGAACAAAACAGUGGUUUCCAAAGUGCUAAUCGAAUCCUUCGGGAACGGUCUAACUCCUUGGACACGAUUCGGAUCGACGGUCGUAUUUAGUUGUAAAGUGGGAACUUGUGGUUGUAGGUCAUGUAGUUUUGAAAUUUUUUAACGUUUCGCCAGCAUUGCGGUUGUUUUCAAUGGAUCGGAGAACUUUGGCAUUGGUUCUGGCGUUGUACGAUAAAACUGUGUUGCGAUGCUGGCGAAACAUUGAAACGUUCUUUGGGAAAAAACAUGGAUUACGGGAAAGAUAUAAAUUAUGAAACGUUGGGUCGCGGAAGCUUGAAAGUUACGUAAAAGUCACGUAAAAUUUUCGUUACUUCGUUUAUAUACAUAUAAAUAGAAUAAUAAAGCUAUAUGUAUCGAUUAUGCAAAAGCUACGUUACAUAAGUUGAUAAAGUUUUGUACAAAAGUUUUGCAGAAAUCUCUUAGGUUUAUUACGUCGUACUAGAUCGCUCGUUCGCGAUUUCUUUGCUGGUUUUGUUGACUAAAAUUACUUUGGUCGAAUAUACGUUGCAACAAAAGACAUUAAAAAUACGGAAUCUGUCGGAAAAUUUCGAAACGAAAUAACGUUGCAUCGUUAAAUUUAGUCGAUUGUUAACAACGAAUAACGCGAAUAAAACGCAUUUCGUUCGAUAUAGAUGAAUUUUCUCAAUUACGGUAUCUUUCAAUCAAUUUUUUCAUCCGAGUUGUAGGACGAAUUUCUUUUCUCAUGGAUGCACGAAAGUUAAUAAGAUAAAGUACCAUGUACGUUCAUUGCAGUUGUAUUAUUGGCACGAGUUCGAACGAUUACAAAUUGCCCGGUACAUUCUUAUCGUGGACAAAUUUACGAGCUGCAAUGUUGCAACCGUAGUCGACUCGGAACUGUACAUUACCAUGCAUCGGUACUUGGGUAACUGAUGCAAUUUGAUCAAGUGUUCGAUAUUUUCGUUACAGUUUCGAAGAACGAUCGCAGAACAUUUUCCUAUUAUUCAUUCUCUACCUCCUCUUGUCCUAAUUGGGAUCGCAUUCCCUGCUAAAUUUUAACUGAAGUACGGAAUAUAUCCGCAUUAUCGAAUUUACAAUGUAACUAUAAACACUCUAGGGUCCUAAUAUUAAACAGAUACUUUUACAGUUACCUAACUAACGUAGCAUCAAUUACUCCAUACUAAUUACAUGUACGUUGCCGCUUGAGAUACGAUCAGAGACUACAGAAUUAGACGAAAAAGUUUCGUUCGAAAUACAUUUUCCAGGUUUGCGGUAAUUUAUCAGUGUCUAAAUAUUUAUGGAUGGUAGUGUACAUAUGGAGCAACACGAUAUGAACAUUGUGCUUUACCGUGUCGUAGCUUCGAAUUGACGGCGUCGGUGUAUUAGAGCGGUAUAACGAUGACUGCCGGUGCCGGACGAUAAAUUUUAGAAAAUCCUCGAAAUAGAAUGGCGGACGAGAGGAGUGGCUCCCUGUGAAAAAGCCAGCGGCACGACCUUGGCUCAUCUAUAGAUUGUUGCUGCGUCUAAAUUCGUACCACUCCCGUGUGCACGAACAAUCAUAAUGUUUCCGCAACGAUACAUCGUCCACCGAUGCUCCGAAAGCAUAAAGAACGUUAGACAAGUGACUUUCCUCGUGUCACGAAAUCAUUCUUGCGUCGUACUCGUGUUAAUUCGUUUUCUAGAUAUAACAAUGAACAUCCGAUCUUUCGCCAUAUCGAAACCCGAAACUUCAUAGUUACUUACGUUCGCCUCGUUUUCGUCUAAUUAUUUUUAUCCUUCCUAUCUACGAUAAUAAUUCUUUGGCAACCGAACCGAUCUCCGCUUGAAAAUUUCUCUCUGCGACUGUGUAACUCAUUGGCAAAAUACCGUUGAUUCGCGUUAUUCGCUUGGCCACGGAGCAACAGCGAGAUGAUUUCCUUCGGACGAACAACGAUACUUUGCUUCUCAUCGAUUGCUUUUAUUUGAUCGAUAUUUUUCAAAUGUACAACUAUCUAAUUAGACGACUCGAUACGACAAUUCUGCCGAACGUCAACCGACAGCCAGAUAUCUUUGCCGGAACAGAACCAUCCGAUUUUCCUCUGUCUAAGUAUAAAAUCGCAGGUAAUAUAAAGAAAAUUUUAAAGCCACAAAUCUUGCUGCCUGUUAGCGUGUAGCUAAAACGUUCGCGAAUUGCACAGAGUGUGUUAUUGCUUAGAAAGCGACGGUAUCGAGUUUCUUGUUGUAGCGAGAAGCGCGAUGUUGUAGGACGUCGUGAGUCAGCUAGGUGAUUAACAAUUGAUCGCGAUACGUAUUUCACUCGCCAUGGAAACGUAUAUUUAAGUCCGUUCACUUGGCUAAUAAAGAGCAGAGAGAUCUGGAAAAACGCGGUGUUCGUAAGACGGACGGGAAUCGGUUCACGCUGGAAAGGUUGGAAAGGUUAAAAGACCGCGUUUCCCGUCGCUGUUAUCUCGCUGACGGGCGUCAGAUGGUGGAUCUGUCUAGUUCACAGAUGUCACGGUGACUCGUGUUAUCGCGUGAAUUAUCUCUGAAUUUUUGCAUAAUAUUAACGCGAUGAUUCAUGCGUGUCGAACCGAAUAAAGAAUCGAAUAAAACUGUUUCCUCCUCCUUGAAGAAGAAGAAGAAGAAGAAGAAGAAGAAAAAGAAGAAGACGAAGAAACGCCCGACGGAAAUUAUUUAUCGACAGUUGUCAAAUUAUUUCUCUUUUUUGCGAACCAUCUUUCCGCUAUACUUUCAUCGACGUUCGUUACGAUAGCAACUUUUCGUCAGAGGAUGUUUCAAAGGAAGAUGUUUAUUAGGCGUCGAAUAUAUCUAACGUUCGAUCGGAAAGUAAAAAGACAAUGAGAAUACCGAGGCGAUGAUUUGUUCGGUAUCUGCUCCGAAAAGUUUCGCUCGGAAAUAUCACGAAUUUUCUCACAGGUGGAUCGAUCGUAGGCAGGAUAAACGCGAGGAUGAACUUGGCUGCGAUCAAACUUCAACGGUUUAUACGUGUACGCUGUUCGUAAGAAAGAAAAAGUUGGGCUAAUUAACAAGUUGAAGUCUGAAAAUACGCUUUGCUCGAGAACACGGCACGUAAUUUCGUAUCGGCUUGGAUACAAAGGAAAUUAAUUUCGCCACGUGUAUAAUCGACGCGAGGGAAACAGCGUUCACGGUUCGCGUAUAUAGUUUCUAACGUUACGGCGAGGCACACAGUCUGUGGAAGACAAGUUCACUGAUUGGAACGGAAGAAGAUUUACGCCAUUCCAUCAACGGUUAAUCGAACGAUAUUAAUUCGCAGUCUACUUGUUACGCUGUUAGAUCGUAGGAGAUCGAGACUAGAGCUGCGUGGGUCCAAAGUACGUUAAUAGGUAACACCGAUCGGCUGGAAAUCUUUAUUAAUAGCCGUGUCUCGCUAACGAACCUGUCGUGACGUUCCUUCGCGUACGAUCGACGUGAAAAUUUUCGUACUUCCCAAGAUAGCUUGUUUCAGGUACGAGGCGCGCAGCGUUUCUACUGUCGCGUGUGAAGUCGGCACUUCUCGUUAUUUUUAGCGUGUCUCCAUCGUGCAAGUUUCUAUUUCCAACACAAAGUGGUUCCUUACCGUCGUUUAUCUCUACAUAUGCGUUAAGUUAGAAUAAUAAGCUACGCAUAUAUUUUACGAUUACCACGAGAACAAGCGGAUGUGCUCGACGAGGGUACGGUAUCGCGUGCUGUGCCAACUCGUCGAUUGAACGCGUCGACCAACAAGUUAAAUUCAACAAAUAAAUUAAACCAUAUCUGCCCGCCUCCCAUCCCUCAGGAAUAAGCUUCUUCUUCGACGAUGCGUAAAAAUGCGAAUGGUUGAUUAAGUAUUUCAUUGGGUAUCGUUGGUGACGGCUUGUAAAUUCGUUCGGCGCUUAUACAGCAAUGAACAUCGAUAUACCGUCUUUCUUUAUCUUUGUUGAAUCUUGUACAGACGUCGGUGAAUCGUAGGAACAAUUUAUACACGACUUUGAUCUUUUAUUUGGUUGUUUGAAAAGUUCAUAGCGUUUUUUCACGAUCAGUGUUGAUCUUCUCAACGUCUUAAAUUCGUUUAAACUAAUUUUUGGUAGCACGAGAGAAACAUAUGCACGAAUAUUUAUAUAAUUUCUACAUGUGACACGUAUAAGUAAAAAUAGAAAUAGAGAUAACUCGAUGUUCUAUAGAACGCGUACAUAUGCUUUUUUUUUUAGCAAAUGUAAUACCUUCUGUGUAAAGAAAGGAUUAAGUUCUGAUACGUAGCUGACGUUUCGGUGAAAUAUAGCGAAACGUUGAAUUCACGCUGGUCGAACACUACAUGCACAAAUUAAAGAGAAAAGUGUUUUCUCCUCUCCUGCUCGAAAAUUUUUCUGAAACUUCGCUACGAACUGUUCGAACAAUCCCCAUAUGUAUUUGUUUAUCCUAACGCGAAAGCGUUGUAUAUUUACCUCACGUAGUAAUACGUUUCAAAUUCAAAGAUAGCCAAAGCUGAGAGAUAACAUCGACAAGUGCUUCUAUUCUUCUUGGAACGAAAAAUUUUACAUCUGUAAGCACGAGUUGUCGCAAAAUCUAUUACUUUCAUGGACACAGAUCGUCGCGUAUCUGCUCUUUCCCGGAUUGAUUUCAUUUUGAGCGAAAACCACGUGCAACGUUAUGACGCUCCUUAACGAACAAUUUUGCAGCUCGGUUGCGAAUUUACAUUCGCAAAAUUUUUGCACAAAAUCUUGAAACACGUUGAUUCUCGCACUGCUUAGAAAAAGCUUUCAUGCUCGAAUGUUUAGGGGGUUGAUGAUAUAUUUAGGGAAAGAAUUUACCAAACUUCAUGUAGACAUUCGGGUUACUGCGAAUUGUUUAAUAAGGUUCGGGUGUAAUAUAGAUGUAUAGUCGGUUUAUUUUGUUAAUGCGUUUUUCAACAACGGGCGGAUUUGUAGCGAUAGGAUACGGAAAGCAGGGAUCAGAAAUGUAUUAAAACGUAAUUGUUACGUUUUACGGAUGAGAUGUUUCUGAGAAGUGGACAAUGUUUGCCGAGUUUCUAGCGAUUGUGGCGGAAAUGUAAGACUAACGUAAGAUGUAACGAUAAAUGUUAUGCGUGCAUAUUUGAUACGUAAAUUCAUAGUUUAAUUAGAAAACUUUAAUUAAAAAAUGCAGAAAUAUUAAGUGGCACGAUUUGUUCCGAAAUUUUGGAGAUACUCUGUAUACGUGGUUCAGAAUUGAACGUUACCGAAUAGCAUCGAGUAUAAUUCGGCAAAGAUACAUUUUUCUCAAUCUCUGCGAAAUUACAUGAUAACAAUGCGUUCUAACAUUGGUCGAUGGAUCGCGAAAUUUGAUACAUUUACAGGAAACUUAAAGACGUGAAAAUGCACAGAAUACAUAUUCUCUACGAUGGAAUCUAGACGCGAUUUUAAUUGGCUUUUCUCGCUUCAGUUUUGAACCACUUGGUCGAUUUCAUGUCAUUCUAACGUACGUAAAACGGAUAAGGGGAAAGAACAAGGAACGUUACGAAAUAAUUUUAUCGAAGAAGAUGAACUUUGAUGUUUUGGUCUGCCAAUAAAGAACAAGGUUCGGUAAGUUUAUAUUGUUCAUGACGUGAUGCUUUUUACCGGGAAUCGGUGAAAAUACGAACAAAACGAUAACCGUUCCACGUUACGUCGAUGUUUCUCCAAUUGUAAACUGCGCAACGGUGGAACAAAAUGAGAAAUGUCUGCUUCCAUUGUUAUCAGGACGAGAAAUAUCCAAUCGUUUUAUUAAUAUGUACUUAGAUGCAUCGUUGCGCGCUCGCUUGUUACGUAUGUGAAUAGCGUAAUUCGAUCUUAGACUAACGAAAAAUAAUGGAAGUGGGAGGAAAUUGGCAACAUUUUCUGUGUCUUGUUUCACCGGAACGGUGGAUCUUGUUUUUAACCGGUGCGCCAAACGAUCAUUUUUAAGCAAUGUCGUUUUAAAUUCGUUUUAUAUUUCUGCUUCGUAAUCCAGCAAGCCAAGAUACGGUGUACAUGGCAGAAUCAGCGAACAUAGAAAUUCCAUGUUUUUUCCCUUCGUAUCUAAAUCCGUGAUCCAUAAGCGUGUACGAACCGAUAUCGUUAUUAAUUCGUCGCUGCCAGAAUUUGAAAAACCGUCUCUUAACAACGUUGUCUCGUGUAUAGCCGAUAGCGUUUUUGGUGUACGUUUAGCGGAACCGGCAAAUUGUUUUUCAAUUCGCAUCGCCGUGCAGAGAGGCACGCGUGUAGGCAGAGCACGUAACGACCAAAGGAAGGCGAUUCGAAUGCUUCAGGCAUUCGUCUGAACGAAACGAGUAUGCGUGAUGACCUGCCAAUUGUCGGCUCCAAUCGUUUGCAGGCUCUUGAAGCGUGCUUUUUGUUAAUAGCGCUCGUCGAAGCUCGUUAAACUAGCAGCAGGCCCAGCUGUCAUUAAAUGUGUCGUAUACGUGCUGUGUUAUCUUUCCAAUGUCGAUACCAGUUGGAAAUAAUUAAUCCCGGUCGCCCGUACGUCCCGUGAAUCGUUUCGAGUCGUCAUCGAGCUUAACUCGCGAUUACAGGGAUCGAUCCUUUCGCUUUGAGUUUCAGCUUGACUCGGUUUAACCGUUUCUUGUUCGGUGAACGACGAACGCUCGUAGUCGUCCGUCGUUCGAAAAUUUCACGUCCAUUCGCGAACGAAAUUGAACUCGUUACUGGCAAGGAAGCACGAGGUUUGGACGUGCGUUUGGAUGACGCUAUCGGGAUCCACGCGCCGUUUCAGGGUUAAAUCGACUCGAGCCGCAACUCCUACGAAACGAUCUCUCGAAGGCAACCAACCGAAGCCACCGCUUUUUGCAAGUAGAUCGCUGUUAAAAGGGGCGAUCAUGGGUUUAAAGAGCGGACAGCUAAUUGUACGAUUCAUCCUACGCCACAGGGUCUUCCCUUAGUGGAACGCAGAUAGAGUUUAGUCCUUGGCAGACCCAUCCGAUUCCAGCGUUUAGCUAUCGCGAGAUAGCGAAAACCGGUGUUUCGGCGUGUAAAACUUUGGUUUUUGUGGCCAGCUGCGAAUCCAGAGAUGUAAUACACGGCGGAUGAAGUUGAAGUUGCAGAACCUCGACGAUGGAACCAAAGUCGCUUAAUACGUAUAUAUUUUUCUGGAGUGUUUGGGGCGAGAGGAAAACGUAUCGUCGUUGUGUAACUUAAACUUAAACGAAGAGAGAUCUGUACGUAACCUUUGGUUAGAUAGUCACUCGUCGUUAAAGUAGAUCGUCCACCGAGCCCAGUAGACAAAUGUCUCGCACGAAACGACAUCUCACGCGAUCUUUCAAGAUUAUUUAAACAAAAGAAAGAAUGCUGUACCCGUUUUAGUGUACUCCUGAAUCGUUCGACCGUUAUCGUGAAGCUAUCGUUUAAGUGUCAACUUGUAUCAAGGUACCUUUUUGUGGGCCGCAUACUUACUGUUGCUGCUGCUGUUGCUGUUGCUGGAACAGACGCAAGAGGAAACGAAAAGAAACCACGAAACGAUGCUUGUGAUCGUUCGAUGACCGAUCAUUUGCUCGCCCAGGCAUCCAGCUAGAAACUACGAACAAAGAGGCAACCGAUAUCACAUGCUGUUGAUCGAGUAUCUCAGCUUCAGAUCGCCAGUUUAGCGAUGCGCAAACAAAUGUAAUCUAGAAGAAUCAAAAUACGCGAAUACCCGUUGCCAUGAUAUACCGUUGAAAGGAUCGUUGAACCAGCCUUUAGCGAAUACAAUAAACGUUAAACUAGUUUUCAAAGCAAUAAUUACGUGGCAAGGGACGAACGUUUAAUCGUAUCGUAUCGUCACUUCGAUGCACGUUUCGCUGUUUCUUUUCGAUUCGCAGCUAUGAUCGCCCGUAAGGAUGUACCUAUAAAUUAAAUGAAUAUAAAUAUAAAUAAAUAUAUAAAUAAGUAAAUAUAUAUAUAUAUAUAUAUAAAUAUAACGAGAAAGAAAUAAUAAAGAAUCUAAGUGCGGAUCGAAGUCGCCGAAUUACCUGAGGUUCGCUGCAAUUCAGCCUCUUUGACGUCUAUGAUCCGUGACAAUACGGGUCAAUUGUAUAUGUAUAAAUAUAGAUAAUACUAUCGAAUCAGAAACCGAAACGUGGCUAAGUCUGUCUGUGAAUAUAAUAUCAAGUAUGUAAACAAAGAUGUGUUUUAGGCUAUUUGUAUUUAAACUAAUUUGAGCUGAUUGUUUACGUAUCCCUGGUACUUACGAGUGAUUAUACGAUAAAUACAAAUAAAUUAAUUAAAUAGUUAA